AAUAAAAUGUUGAAAGUGAAAAAUUGUUAUCAAACGACAUAAAACUUUUAUACACACACACAAAAAAAAAUGAAGAGUUGGCAACCUUCCAAACUACCUAGAGACACCUAGUAGAUAGGUAAAGAAAUAAAAAUAAUGGAAAAAUUUUCGAUUUAAAGGUUAUACUUGCGAGGCCCAUUAUGGUUAAUUAUCAAGACGACGAGUGCGCUACAGAUUUCGAUGAAAGCGAUUUCAUCACGGAAUGCCUUGAAUGGCAUAAUAUUCUACGUGAAAUUCACGGUGUUCCACCCCUCACUUUAUCUCAUCAGCUCUGUAGCAUGGCUCAAUUUUGGUCCAACCACUUGGUACACACCAAUACAUUUUACCACAGAAACAGUAAAGAUAUAGGUGAAAAUUUAUUCUGUAAAUGGUCAUCGGUGCCAGAAUUUGAUAUUACUGGACAGCAAGUGGCCAAAUAUUGGUAUAGUGAGAUGAAACUGUAUAAUUUCUAUCAAGAACCGUCUUUGUUACACGUUCAUGCUUGCCAAUUUACGCAAAUGGUGUGGAGAAGCAGCACGGAAUUUGGAGUUGGCAAAGCUAGAACUAGAUGUGGCAAAAUCGUUAUUGUAGCAAAUUAUAAACCAGCUGGAAACGUAAUUGGAGAAUUCCACGAUAACGUAUUCCCUCCUUUAAAAGAAACAGAGGAGAACGAAGAAACAGAAGAGGAUGAUUUCGGAGAAUGAAGCAAAAUCCAUCGUCAUCAUCCGACUGAUACCUUGCUUCAUAUUUGGUUUAAAAAACAAAACAAAAAAAAGUCAAAGAGAAUCACAGAGAAUGAUAUUUUUAUUUGAAUUCCAUCCAGAAUAUUCAGCAGAAUUUUUUUCCAAUUUAAUACAAUAAACUUCAAAUUAACACAAGAAAAACAUUUUUAAAAAUAUGCCAAAAUGUCAAGCACUUGAAAAUAUUGAAGUUAAUUUGUUUCAAAGCUCAAAACGUUCAAAGUAAUCGUUUAUGUGAGCACAUAUAAAUGUUAUAUGUAUUAAUAAGUAGUACACGAGGUUAUAAAUUAAGUUGAUACACUAGAAAUUAAUGUAAAAAAACUGUACAGAUUUGUUAAAUGAUGAAGCUGGAUGCACACUAGAUCCUCAUUAUCAGUCAUUUAAUUUAGUUAGUUAGCAUAGUAGCCCACUUAUCUAGAUUUUUGUAUAAUUACAUUUAUGUUAAAUUAUAUUAAACAUCAUUAGUUAACAUCCUUGUUAAAGAAAUUUAGCAAAAAAAGAACUUUUUAAAUUAUGCCAAAAAAAUUAGUUAAAUA